AUCAAACUGAGUUUUAAACCGCAGCAUUCGUGAUAUUGGAUUUCCGAAGCUAAAACAAAAAAGAUAAACACGCUUUGACGCGUCGGCGAUAUGAGGCAUGAGGUGAUCGACCUCACCGCCGAUGACGAGCUGGAGACGGUGACCAGCAAAGUGCUUCGAGUUGCGCGCGUCGAAUCGGUAGUGUCACCGCCACCAGCGAAGCGGGUGAAGUACGAACACCACAACCCGCAGCAGCAACGCCAUCACCUCACGCUCAGAUCGCCUGGACCUAAGCCAUCCCACCAGGGAGGUACCAAUCGCCACAAUGGCAUACAGAAACAAUCACCAGUGGCGAAUGCGACUGGACGGCCCGGAAGCGUGGCCGAAACGCGUCCUAUAAGGCCGCCCGCCAGACCGGUACCUCCUGCCCAAAAUACUGCAGCGUCGCCCGUCAGAAUUGGCGCGACGGAGCCACAAGAAGCACCUACAUCUCCACCACGAAAAUAUCUAGGAGCAUAUGGACGUAAACGACAUGAAAAGGCGGUGGAACGUACAUCCCACGCCAAGUCAGAGAUACGAUGGGAGCCAAACUCGAGACCAUAUCUCUAUUCGACAGAGCGACAAAAGCUGAGAUACUUUGGCCACAAGCCUCGCCGGAUGGACUGCAAAGAUGGCAGCGUGGUUCACGUUGACUUUACAUCUGCCGAGAUGGACGCGGUACUCAGUGUGCUGGGGUGCGAUCCAGUCUUAGACGCCGAGGUGAAUAAUGGUCGUCCUAUUGACAAGUCUCUGCUAAAGGAUCUGGCUAGGAGGGGUCUUGCCGAUAAGACCCGGCUCAAAGAACUCGCCACCCUCCGGAUUCCAGGCAGAACGAAAGAGGCUAUCAUAUCCUUUGUCAAGGACAUAGUUAAGGGCACUGUUGGGCAAAGUCAAGUUCUCGUUUUCAAGCACCAAGAUGGCGAAGGCAGCAGGGACGAAUACCGUAAUGCGGCCUUCUUUCGCCUACUCGCCACAAGGCAGACUUUCGGCAGUAACCACGACGCAUUCGUCCUGGGUGACACAUACGUGGACAUCCGCUGUGGACUGAACAAUGCGGUCGAUGACGAGCUGAGUCUGCGAAGAGAGUGGCACGGCGCUGCUGGAGACGUUAUGACGCUGUCAUGGACUUCAGACAACGCAUUUAUCGCAGGGGCGACGACACAUAGCGACCCCUGGAACCAACAGUAUAAUAAAAAGGGCAACCUCAUGUUGGGUUCAGCCCCGAACAAAACCAUCCGCAUGUUCCCGGACCAUCGAAUCCUGAGGCCCAUUGUCGAUAAGGGUGACAAUGCGACUGAUGAGAUGGUUCAAAGUCAGUCCCCCUGGCUAUAUACUUCGGUGGUCUUUUCGGCAUAUGAUGACGGUUUUGCCUAUACCUGCGGCUUCGAUAACACGACCAAAGUGUGGACUGUACAAGACGACGGCACAUCUAUGAAUCUUGUGGGGACAUGGCCUCAUGCGGGAAAGGUCAACUAUGUAGCUCCUUCGCAACACCGUGAGGCCGAUCAGUCAUUUAGGAUGGUUGCCACGGCCGCAGAUGUAUCCCCAGACGCCGUUCGCGUGUACCGGAUCAACCAAGGCGACACAAAUAUCUCGGAUUGCCAAUAUCGGACCUUUUCGGCUACCCGCACCACCGGUGAAGGUAGCGACAAAUGGGCAUAUUUCCCCGCCACGAUGGCAUGGGGCCGCACGCCUGGCCUGACGGCCCAUCUUCUUCUCGUUGGUUAUUCCCCACGAAGCUUAAGCGACAACGAUAACGACAUCCCCGAGGACAAGCGCAACUCGGGUGAGCUGCGCCUUUGGGAUGGCAAUACGGGCGAGGCCUGGAAGGUAUCUACGGCGUCCAUGUGCAAUGUCUUCGAGGUCGCCUGGCACCCAAAUAAAAAGGUUUUUGCUGCUGCCGUAUCGCCGUCGGGUGAAAGGGGAGACGAGACAAAAACUCAAAUCCGUCUGUGCUCGUCGUACAAAGUCGGCGAGGCUGCGAACAAGGUUUACUCUGAGUUCAAAUGCCUCGACUGCGUGGCCACGGGGAUCAACUACGGCUUAACCAUUAUGCCAUAUGGACCUAGGGCAUCCUAUGUAGCUGCGGGUUGCACAAACGGAAAUACCUAUGUCUGGGACACCGAAGCGACUGAGAGCACGCCUUGCCAAGUUCUCAGGCAUGGAAAGCCAAUUCUUGACCCGAUCGACGACCUCGAAACUGAAGAUGUUGGAGUGCAGUUUGUCGCCUGGGGCAAAUCCCUUGAGAGACUAUACACGGGAUCGACAGACGGGACUGUCAAAGUUUGGAACAUCCGCGCCCAGGGUAAUCCUUUGGUGAAGGUGCUUUUGAAAUGCAAGCGGGCUGUCACGUCAGGCGCAUUCUCCCCUGACAAAUCAAAGCUCGUUAUCGGCGAUGCAAGCGGUGCCAUUUACCUUUUGACGACUCAUGAUAAUGCCGAAGAUGAAUGGAAUGGUGAGGACGAGUGGGACGGCGAAGAGGAAACACCCGGACCUGGGCAGGUGGACAGGUUCAUUCAGGUCCCGCGUGGAGACGGGAGCUUCAUUACACGACGCUUGCCCAAUGUUGUCACUCCGCACCCGGAUCCUCCGGAUCCCACGCACGAUGCAGCUGGCAAUUUGAUUCAGAAGAAAAACCCCAACCAGCUGGGGAGUUUGUUUCUGGAUAAGCAGCAGCUUGUGAUCCACAAGUGUCGUCUUGUGGGCGCAGUUCAGGGUCCACGGUACGCCGAGACGGGGCUUUACCGCUUGGAUUUCCACAUGGACAAAACCGAUGGACAAUCUCCUCUGCUGGCUGUCCACGAAAGAAAGCAGCAGGAGAGUAAACGGCAAUAUUCCAAAACGACUGUCGUGAGAGCAAGUCCCCGGCGGGGUAUAAUCCGGCGGGAGGAUGAUGCCCGGGAUCGUGUCGCUGAGCUGCAUCGGCAGAACAUCGCCAGGAGCUUCGACAUCAGAACUCUGGAUCGUGAUACCCGACGCGAACUCGAGGCUGAGGGUGCUGAGCUCAAUCCUGACCUGUCUGAGCAUGAUGACGACGGCGAUGAGAGUCAAGACGAUGCUCAAAGUAUCGAUGAUGUUAUAAUAUUGAGUGAUUAGGGGGCUGGACGGCUCCCCUGGAAUUUCGUACUGGAUUGGAGCACUUGAGCUUCCAUACCUUGGAGUGAAUAACGAUUCCCUGCUCUGGGUUUCACGUUAUCAGAAAUACAGUGCUCAUGAGGAGAUCAAAAAUACCUCCCCGAGAAAGGCAUGUAAGACCUUACUGUUGAUAUAUAUCAAUACUAAUAGAAUAAGUGAGUGGACGACAUUUGAAGUUGGUCGGGACAGCCUCCUGGGAGGCGUAUGAGUUUAUGACAUUUAGAACUUUCAAAUGAAAAACUUGCAUUUCAUCAUUUGAAGAGUGCAGAAG